AUGGCGAGCGUUCAGCAAGGCGAGAAGCAGCUUUUUGAGAAGUUCUGGCGAGGAACCUUUAAAGCUGUGGCCACCCCGCGUCCCGAGAGCAUCAUUGUCGCCAGUAUCACAGCCCGCAAGCCGCUGCCAAGGACAGAACCCCAGAGCAGCCCUGUGGUUCCAUCUCAGGAUGGACCCGCGGAAAAGCUGAGCCAGCGUGUGGCCACCGAGACCUUGGGCACCAACAGCUGGGAGAGAGACAAGGCCAGCCGGGAGCUCAGUCUUGCCAGAGCGCACAGUGCCUCCUGUGACAAUGACUUGACACCACCACCUUCCUCCAGGGGGAAGAAGAAAAAGAAGAAAUCCACCCGGAAGAAGAGAAGGAGGUCCCCAUCAUACAGUCCAUCGCCUGUCAAGAAAAAGAAGAAGAAAGGUUCCAAGAAACAUAAGCGACACAGGUCAUUCUCCAAGAAGAGAAGGCACAGCUCCUCCAGCCCAAAAAGCAAAAGAAGGGACGAGAAGAGGCACAAAAAACAAUCACGAAGCCGGCCCCGAAAGUCUCACCGUCACCGUCAUCACCAUUGCCCCUCCAGGUCCCAGAGUUCGGAGACCCGCUCCUCAAGCUGUGAGAGCAGGCACCGCGGCAGGUCCCCCGAGGAAGGGCGGAAGUCCCGCCGAAGGCGCUCCCACCGCUGCUCCAAGACCCUCGGCAAGGCCAGCCCCGAGGCCCGCUCCAGCCACCCGCCCAGCCAGCCCCUCCAGAUGCUCAGCCUCCUGUCGGCCAGGGGUGUAAUCACUGGGUCGGGGUCUGCAGCUGACCUCUUUACCAAAACAGCCAGCCCGCUCACCACCUCCCGAGGACGCUCCCAGGAGUAUGACUCAGGCAAUGACACCUCCUCGCCACCCUCCACGCAAAUCAGCUCAGCCAGGUCACGGGGUCAAGAGAAGGGGAGCCCCAGUGGGGGCCUGAACAAGAGCCGAGAACUCAACUGUGGCAACACCUCUGAUUCAGGGAACUCCUUCACCACCUCCUCACCCCAGAACAAGGGGGCCACUUUGGAGAAUCUCUCCCCCACCAGCAGGGGCAGAGAGUCAAGAGGACUUCAGUCGCCAUGUCUGGAAUGCGCAGAGGUGAAGAAGUCUGGUUUGGUCCCAUCCACAGCCCGGAGCUCCCCCAUGAAAGGGUGCUCCCGCAGCCCCUCCUAUGCCAGCACCCGCUCUUCCAGCCACUCUUCCCGAUCCCCAAACCCCAGGGCCUCCCCCAGGUACACCCGAAGCCGAUCCACCUCCUCUGGAAAAAGGUCCUACUCGCGCUCUUCCAGCUAUUCCUCCAAGUCUGGCAAGAGGAGCCCCCCCAGCAGAAGCUCUCGAUCGCGCCGCAGCCCCAGCUACUCGCGGUACAGCCCGAGCAGGGAGCGGGACCCCAAGUACAACGAGAAGGACUCGCAGCAGCGCGAGCGCGAGCGAGCGCGCCGGAGAAGGCGGUCCUACUCGCCCAUGCGGAAGCGCCGGAGAGACUCCCCGAGCCACCUGGAGGCGCGGAGGAUAACCAGUGCCCGGAAGCGCCCCAUCCCCUACUACCGGCCCAGCCCCUCUUCGUCCAGCAGCCUCAGCAGCACCUCCUCCUGGUACAGCAGCAGCAGCGGCCGCUCCGCCAGCCGCAGCUAUUCCCGGAGCCGCAGCCGCAGUCGCAGCCGCAGCCGCAGCCGCAGCCGGACCCGGAGUCGCAGUCGCAGCCGCAGCCGGAGCCACAGCCGCAGCCGCAGCCGCAGCAGGACCCGCACUAGCAGCAGCUCAGGCUCCCGCAGCCCCAGCCCGGGCUCCCGGAGCCGGAGCCAGAGCUACAGCUCAGCAGGCAGCUACUCCAGCACGAGGCGCUGA